CUAGCCUGCUAGCUAUGACCCCGGGGUUUGCUGUCGUAAAGAAAAAAAAACGAGGUAGCCGAUUUGUGAAUUGACGUUUAUUUCAUUGUUGUUUUCCUCGAGGCGCUCUCCGUCGAUAGCUCCCGCCGAUGUGCAGCCUAUGCGGGCUGAAGGGGGCCGACGAAAGCGGAGACAUCGCAUCGCAUUCCGUGCUAAAGCUAACAGAAGCUAGCUGCUAACACCACAGUAGAGAGAGAGCUAAGCUAGCUGGCUGACAGCUGGCUCCGGUGAGCUGCGUGCCUUUUUUUUUAAACAGUAACGUGGCUCAGAUUGUCUCUCCGUGAAACAAUGAUUUGUCUCUGACAUUGAGAGGACUGAGGCCCAGUUGGUUGUCACGUUGGAGUAACCAGAUCUAGUGAAGGUGGGUCUUGGUGGUCUCUGCAGUGGGGCCAUAGGAGACAGGAGGGUGAGCCGUCAACCUGCAGAUGCACCCCUGGGUUUGACCUGCCAGAGCUGCCAAUAUGAUGCCGAUGAUAUUGACGGUGUACCUCAGCGAUGGUGAACAGGCUGCGACUGAGGUGCCCAUCACCCCUGAAACGACGUGCCGCGAUGUGGUCGAGUUCUGCAAAGAGCCCGGCGAGAGCGGCUGCCACCUGGCCGAGGUCUGGAGAGGCAACGAGCGAGCGAUCCCCUUCGAACACAUGAUGUAUGAACAUUUGCAGAAAUGGGGGCCUCGGAAACAAGAAGUAAAGUUCUUCCUCCGGCAUGAAGAUUCACCAACUGAGAGCAGUGAUCAAGGGAGUCAGCAGUCUCAGGAUCAGACGAGUCGCAGAAGUGGAAACACUGGAGAGAAGCACAGUGAGAAUGGGGUGGGGAAUCAGCGUGUGGAGCUCACGCUGUCAGAGCUGCAGGAGAUGGCCACGCGGCAGCAGCAGCAAAUUGAGGCUCAGCAGCAGAUGCUCGUCGCAAAGGAGCAGCGUUUGCGCUACCUGAAGCAGCAGGAGCGGCGUCAGCAGCAAACCGUUUCGGAGAGCGAGAAGCUGCAGAAGCUGAAGGAGCGCGUGGAGAGCCAGGAGGCAAAGCUCAAGAAGAUCCGUGCAAUGAGAGGCCAGGUGGACUACAGCAAGGUCAUCAAUGGUAACCUGUCGGCAGAAAUUGAGCAAGUCAGCGGCCUGUUCCAGGAGAAGCAGGCCGAGUUACAGUCCGCAGUGCUGAGGGUGGAGCAGCUCAGCCUGCAGCUGGAGGACCUGCGUAGGGGAAAGCUCAACGGCAUACAGACCGCCCUCGGUAGCCAAGUAACCGGCGCUGCAGCUCUGGAGCUCCGUAAACUCUACCAGGAGCUUCAGAUCCGGAACAAGUUGAACCAGGAGCAAAACAGCAAGCUGAAGCAACAAAAGGAGCUCCUCAACAAACGCAACAUGGAGGUGACGCUCAUGGACAAGCGCAUCAGCGAGCUGCGGGAACGACUCUACAAGAAAAAAGCUGAGGCACGUCAAAAAGAAAACCUUCCUCUCAACAGAGCCAACGGGCCUCCCUCUCCCCAGCCAGCUCCCGGUACUCUGGGCCGUGUCGCCGCCGUCGGGCCGUACAUCCAGGUUCCUGUACCGGGUCGACAGGAAGGAGGCUACACGAUACCAGCUGAUCCCCUGAAACCCCAGACUCUGGGUGUUAAUAACCAAGCCAACCAUGGCCGCACCAAGUCAGCUAAUGAUACAGGUUGGCCUACGUUAGGGAAAACCAACACAUCUCUAAAGCCUCCUGAGAGACGAGACUCAGGGUCUGAUACACAGGGCAAGAGCCCUCCCUCAGGCUCCCCCAUCACUCCAAGUGCAGAAAAGGUUCUAGACUCCAAAAUGGCCAUGUCCUCCCCGGCCAUAUCCAAGCCACAGCCGCCUCCCUAUGGCUCCCACCUCAUCUCCGCAAACUCGGCCAGCUCCUUGGACCGGCGCAAGGAUGUGCCUCCUCCUCGGCCGCUCCCAAACCCGCCGGCUCCUGCCUGGCCCCGCGUCCCCGCCUCCACAGGCUCAUCCUCCCAGCAGAUCCAGCAGCGAAUUUCGGUGCCGCCGAGUCCCACCUUCCAGCCUAAUGUUCCGCUUUUCCCUCCUGGGCUGAGCGAGCGGCUGGACCCCCCGCCUGCUGUGGCAGUGCGCCCUUUUAUCCCAGACAGAGGAUCGCGGCCUCAGUCGCCCCGAAAGGGCCCACCUACCAUGAACUCCAGCUCCAUCUAUCACAUGUACCUCCAGCAGGCAGCGCCAAAGAGCCAGCCGCUCAAGCCUGCUCUCAAAGCAGUAUAUGGGAAGCCUGUUCUCCACCCCAGCUCGACUCCCCCCUCGCCUCUGCCUUUCGUCCAGGCCGGAGGGGCCUUCCCUUUGCUCCAGGGCCACCUGGGUGGCGAGGACACUAUGGACGGAGAAUUUGACGAUCACGAGUUCUUCCAGCACCCGGAGCCCUUAGCGCCUCCUCCCAGUGUGGAGAACAUCCCGCGACCACUCAGCCCCACUAAGCUAACACCCAUGGUACACUCCCCGCUGCGCUACCAAAGCGACGCCGAUCUCGAGGUGCUCCGUAAAAAGCUGGCCAACGCUCCGAGACCGCUCAAGAAACGCAGCUCCAUCACAGAACCGGAGGGCCCCAGCGGACCCAACAUCCAGAAACUGCUCUACCAGAGAUUCAACACUCUAGCAGGAGGCAUAGAGGGAAAUGGAGUCAGUGGAUCAGCAGGUGGCAACGGUGCGGGUAAUGGAACGCCGUUUUAUCAGCCGGCUAACCCUCCCGCAUAUCUGGGGGGUGACUCUGUGGCCGACACAGACAACGGUAACCUCACCACUGAGACGCCGCUACCGCCACCAGAGGCGGAGGAGCUGGGCUUCGAGGGUCCACCUACGUCGACCGAAGCUAAUGACAACGAGUCGCUGCCCUCGCCACCAGAGCUGGAUCCUGCCGAAGCAGAGGAAGCGGAGGACGACAACAAUAACAACAUGGGAGGCUCUGAGGCGUCGCUGCCCAGCCCCGUGCUGGAGGUGACCACUCCAGAAGAGAGCGGCUCGUUGGUCUCACAGCACCUGGAUAAACGCACAAACCUGAAGAAGCCAAACUCUGAGCGCAUCGGCCACGGCUUCAGGGUGAAGUUCAACCCUCUGGCUCUGCUGCUGGACGCCUCACUGGAGGGAGAGUUUGACCUCGUCCAGAGGAUCAUCUAUGAGGUAUGUCACGACUGUGUGGAAAAUCCGAGCACUGCCAAUGACGAGGGCAUCACACCGCUGCACAACGCAGUGUGUGCGGGACACCACCACAUAGUCAAGUUCCUGCUUGAUUUUGGUGUGAAUGUCAACGCUGCAGACAGUGAUGGAUGGACUCCGCUUCACUGUGCCGCCUCCUGCAACAGUGUUCAUCUCUGCAAGUUGUUGGUGGAGUCGGGGGCGGCCAUCUUUGCCAGCACCAUUAGUGAUGUGGAGACCGCUGCGGAUAAAUGCGAGGAAAUGGAAGAAGGCUACAUCCAGUGCUCCCAGUUUCUAUACGGUGUUCAAGAGAAGAUGGGUGUAAUGAACAAGGGGACGGUCUAUGCUCUGUGGGAUUACAAAGUUCAGAACCAGGACGAGCUGCCGUUCAGCGAGGGGGACGCCAUCACCAUUCUGCGACGACAGGACGACAGUGAAACGGAGUGGUGGUGGGCGCAACUCGAGGACAACGAGGGCUACGUGCCCCGCAACCUGCUGGGGCUCUAUCCUAGGAUCAAGCCUCGUCAGCGCUCCCUGGCAUAGCGUCUCACUCCACUGACCUCCCAUCAGCUGAACUAGUAACAAAAACCAAGAGCAGAGAACAAAAAAAAGGGGCCUGGUGCUCUGUCUUCUCCCCCGUGGCCAUAACCUCCUCUCCCCCCCCCGGCCUUGUGCUUCUCACAAAAAAUACCUUUUUUUUCUCUGAAGCAUUGGGCACCAAACCUCUGACACACAUAUUUACAUAAGCACACACACACACACACACACACACACACACACAAGCGCUCCAAAGGCAAAAAUCUCUUAAACCACUCCAUCCUGAUCCCACUCCCACUCUCUCCCCUCCACCUUUCAACCCAUCGACCUGUCAUCGACCCAACUUGAUUUCCCCUGAUUCAGUGUCCGCUCUGUAUCCGACAUCGACUUGAGGAAUAAAACACUAACUCGUGUCUCAGUAUUUCUUGCAGUGUUCACACUUCUACAGCCAUGAGCUCUAUGGUGGCACUGGUUGCAUGACACUAAGUGGUGACUGGAAAAUCAUCUAUCAUUGUGAGACGAUGCAGAUUUUUGUUGGUGAAAUUUUUGAGCUAUAGUUCAUAUUUUUAUGCGAAUUUGAUCCCCUUGCACGCAAAAACAAAAAACUAACACAGAAAAAUAUGCUCUGUGUUUGAUUUUGCUGAAGUCAAACCACCAAAGAUGAAUAUAGAUUUAACAAUUGCCCUCCAAUCAGUAAUUAACAGCUCCCAGGAGUUGGUUUAACGUCCUUCUAGAUAUUGUCAUGAUUUAGGAAGGAAAAAAUCCCAAGUAUUAACGUUACAGGCCAGUCAGAACAAAUACAACAUAUUAAAGCAAAGAUGAAUAUAGAUUGUCAGCUCGCACAUUGUCAUGAAUCACAUUUCAUGAACAUCCUUUGAAGACUUAUUUUUUCAUUCAGUGUCAUCUUUUAAGAAUCUGGGUGCAAGGUAAUCCAGUUUUUCUGUUAAAUGGGAUUUCAAGAUCUAUUAAGAUGUGUGAAAAUAUGGAGUUUGUAUGUUUGGUAAUCUGCUGAUCCCUAAAAUGAACGAAUGCUGCAGUUUCCGAAAGAUACUGUGAUGGAAAUAGGAAACAGUGUUUUGCUUUACCAAAAAAGGGUUGAUUGAUAAGCUGUGACUGCACAACAUCAGUUUGUAUAAAGGUACAAAUGUAAAAGAUAUGAAAAAAAUGUUUUAUAGUUUUAAAUUCCACAGUGGUGAGGCAGGAAAGACUUGUUUUUUGCUAUUUUCAAGUCAUUUACAGCAUGUAUAAUGUUUUCAAACAUUUAAAAUAAGUUGGUCAUCGCUUUAAAAAAUCAUAUUUUUCUUCUGACUUCUGGCACCUGAUUUAGAUUUAGAAUUUAACUUGACAACAUGGUGAGAAGAUGAAUUGCGAAUAAUGAAUGAAAUCCAGUCACUGUGCUUUAAGAACACUGAAAUCAUCACCCAAACCAUAAUACAAACUGUUUACCACAUCAGACAAAGUUAACACUAAAUAUCAAUAACCAUUUUUUUUUUUUUUCUACCAGCUGCUGAGUAUCUCUCCGGUCACCUAAUUGUUGCAGCUAUUUUUCUCUUGCUGUGACAAACCCCACUUGAAACACUUAAUCUCAGGACCACCAUGGUGCUGCUGACACUGUUCCACCACUAAACUCGUGAUCAUAUUUCUAUUUUCUAUCUCUACACACAUCACCUUCAUUUGAGCAGCGUACUAAACAAACACACAGUACAAAAUUGAAAAGAUCUCUCUCAGCAAUGGGCAAAAUGUUAUUGACAGAUGAAGAAAAGGUUAUUAUGUCUGAAAUGUAAAUUCGCUUCAGACAAUCCUGAAUUGGCCCGUUUCUCCUCAUCCAGCUGCCCCUCUUUCAGGUAUUCACCAUUCCAGUAACACUCAUACGUGUGUUAUACGUCACAUCAUUGAACAUCUGGAGUCCAUCAACUUGUUCUGAACCUUUGAGUGACUGAGUGUUAUGCCAAGUGUGCUAGUGGCCCAGGCUUCUAUCAUGGCUUAAUCUGUACAUAAAAGUGAGGAGACGUGCUAUAUGUUUGCUGUAAGGACAAGUGGGCUUUCUGUAUAAAUGCUGUACUCACAGAUUGAAUUAUGUAAAUGUGAAUAAUAAAACAGAAGCUCUGGCAUGACAGAUGUCUUUCAGUGUUGUAUCAGAAAAA